AUGUCGGAGCGAACAGCGACAGUAGAGCGAAAGACCAGCGAGACUGAGAUCUCUUGCACAAUCAACCUGGACCAUGACCCGGCGGUCGGCAAGCAGGUCAUCGAGGUGUCCACCGGUCUGGGAUUCUUGGACCAUAUGUUCACAGCGCUUGCCAAGCACGGUGGAAUGUCUCUGACUCUCAAAUGCAAGGGCGACCUGCACAUUGACGACCACCACACCGCCGAAGAUUGCGCGCUUGCCCUCGGUGCUGCAUUCAAGAAGGCUCUGGGCGAGAGGAAGGGGAUUAAGCGCUACGGAUUCGCCUAUGCCCCUCUGGACGAGUCCCUCUCUCGCGCGGUAAUUGACAUCUCGUCAAGACCGUUCUUUGUCUGCAACCUGCCAUUCACCCGGGAAAAGAUUGGAGAUCUGUCCACCGAAAUGGUAUCCCACCUGCUCCAGUCCUUUGCCUUUGAAGCGGGCGUCACCCUCCACAUCGACCUGAUCAGAGGCGACAACAACCAUCACAUCGCCGAAUCCGCCUUCAAGGCGCUCGCUCUCGCAAUACGUAUGGCCAUCACCCGUACAGGAGGCGACGACGUACCGAGCACAAAAGGCGUACUAGCCAUCUAG